AUGUCGUUCAGUAUCGCAGGUCCAGUAACAGUGCUAUCGUCGACCGUCUUGCGCCUGGCCACUUAUGUCUUUCUCCGCUGGAUUCCCGGCCAUGUCGCACCUCCUGUCAUAGUUACAGCAUUCGCUAUUUACGCGACAACUUUCUUUUAUCAAUUCACUCACACGAGCCCAUACGAAGUCGUGGCAGAUGAGCUUGAUAUCAUCACUAGAGACACCAUUGAUCGCGAUGAUAGUGACGAUGAAUUGCUCGUCGAUGCUGAGACUGAAGAGCCCCUCCAGGAGAUAGACGUCCAAGAGACCAUUGUGGUCGAAGAGAAGGACCCUAAGGUCCUGCGCAGCCUCCUGACUGGCUUGCCAAGUCCUAGCUCUCUCUUCUGGUCUGUGGUAACCUUCUUGACUAACGUCGCUCUCGUGGCCAUGGUGGCCGACAUGGUCUAUCGUGCUCCACUCUUCCAUCCAUCGCACAAUCUUUCCUUCGUUCGUGUCGGCCAUGUUUCCGAGAACAGCGCAAAGCUUCUGGUCAGAGAGCCACGUACCUCGGAACACCCCUUGCGGAUGAGUUACAGAUACGCAGGCGAGUCGCCUGAUGACGGCUUCCGCGAUCACGACUCUAGUUGGAAACACCCUCAAAAUGCCAUCGAUGUCGACGAAAGCACCGAUUACACGGGUAUCUUCCAUCUAACUGGGCUCAGGCCUGACACAACCUACCAGUACGCUGCUUCCAACAAUCACACUGGCUUCUUCAUCACAGCACCCAGAAUCGGACGCACCGCUCCUCGUAACAAUGACGUUUUCACAUUCUUACAUUCGUCUUGUAUCAAGCCCAGAUUCCCAUACAACCCGCUGCAGCACCCGCUUGAUUUUCCAGGUUUCAAGCAUCUAGCCAGACUCUUGCCUUCGCUGAAAGCUCAUUUCAUGGUCUUCAUGGGCGACUUCAUCUAUGCCGAUGUGCCCAAACGAUUCGGCACCGACGCUGAAACAUACCGUAGAGAGUACCGUCAGGUAUACUCAUCACCUCAGUGGGAGGCCGUGAGUUCUGAGGCCAAGUUGCCUUGGAUCCACGUCUUGGACGACCAUGAGAUUGCAAACGACUGGGACAAGAACACGACUGGGGUUUACGAAGCUGCUGUUGAUCCGUGGCACCACUACCAGGCUUCUGUUAACCCUGAUCCAGUUCGUUCGGGCGCCACCUACUUCUCAUUCGAUCAGGGCCCUGCAUCAUUCUUCAUGAUCGAUACUCGCCGCUACCGCCAACCGUUCGACGGUACUGACGGCUCUUAUGACAGCGCCCGAACCCAAAGUGGCUACAAGAAGAGCAUGCUUGGUGAUCAACAGCUCAAGGAUCUGCUCGACUGGCUUGCAGCACCUGUUCCCAACGGAGUCAGAUGGAAGGUCUUGGUUUCUAGCAUUCCCUUCACCAAGAAUUGGCGCUUCGGCACUGAAGACACCUGGGGUGGAUACCUUGGUGAGAGACAAAUCAUUCUCGAGGCCAUGUGGGAUGUCGGCCUUCGCGGCGGUGUUGGAGUGGUCGUCCUCAGUGGUGAUAGACACGAGUUUGCUGCCACAUCUUUCCCGCCACCUACAGAAGACAAGGUCACCGGCAUAGAUACAGCUGCAGGAAAGCUGGCGACCAAGAAGUGGCCCGUCAGUGCGACAGUUCAUGAGUUCAGCGUCAGCCCACUCAGUAUGUUCUACCUUCCAGUCCGCACAUACGAGCAGACCGACAACGACGACGUGUGUGUUAAGUACAUGCCCGACGGCAACUCGAAGUUCGGUGCUCUCAGUAUUAGCACACCGUCGACUUCUGACCAGUCCGAGCUCAAGUACCGUCUCUUCAUCGACGGCGAGGAAGCAUGGAGCCACAAGAUCCUUACUCCCCCCGUAGUACACGGCAGUGGUCGUGGUAAGGAUGCGUUGUGGGGUUGA